AUGCCGUCCCACGCAGCUGACGAAGUCGAGACAAUGACCGAUUUGGCAAGUGCCGCUUACGGUGCGCGCGUGCUUUUCGCCACGGACGAGUGGUUCGCGCCUGCGAGUCGCUUGCUGCUGGCUGAGCCUCCAGUUUUCAUCCCCGACAAGUUUACGAGUUUCGGGAAGUGGAUGGACGGAUGGGAGUCACGGCGCAAGCGAACGCCUGGCCACGACUGGUGUGUGUUGGCGCUAGGGAUGCGCGGCGCAGUGGACGUGGUGGACGUGGACACUGCGUUCUUCACGGGUAACUACGCACCACGCGUGUCUGUUCAAGCUGCCGACUUUGCCCAGAGCUCUGAUGUCCAGGCCGAUAGAGCGUUGCGAGUCCUUACGGCUAACGCUAUGGAAGACCGUGCGAUGGGUGUGUGUGCCACGCCUGAGGAGAUCGAGCGGGUGGAGCAGUUAAAGUCGUUCAAAUGGACAGAGAUCGUGCCAUUGACAAAGCUCAGACCCGGGUAUCCAGAAACCCGCCACAAUCUGCUGAGAGUACCGCCGGCUAAGAGAGGUCCAUGGACGCACUUGCGACUCAAUAUGUUUCCCGAUGGAGGGAUUGCACGUCUGCGUGUGUUUGGAGAAGUAGUAAAAAACUGGCAGCUGGUCCCGCACUUUGAAAAGCUAGAUUUGGUGAGUAUUGCAAACGGGGGACAGGUGAUCGGUUACAACGAUGCACAUUAUGGUCAUCCGCGCAAUUUGAUUGCACCAGGCCGAAGCAAGACGAUGGCAGGAGGAUGGGAAACCGCCCGUAAGGUGACACGACCUGCAAUUCUGAAGGCAGAUUUGACCACUGGGAUGUUGGAAGUGCCUGGUAAAGAUUGGGUCGUGCUCAAAUUGGGGCAUUUGGGCAUAAUUCAACAGGUUGAGGUGGACACGAACCAUUUCAAGGGUAACUUCCCUGAGAGCUGCAUGGUGUAUGGGACUCGAUACUAUGGUGACAAUGCUGCGAAUGAGUUACUGAUGAAUGACGGAGCUGUCAAGUGGGAAGUGGUGCUUCCUCGCGUAAAACUCGAAGCGCACAAGCAACAAUACUUCUCCGUCGUAGAAGGAGAUGUAAACGUAAUCUCGGCUGGAGUCAAUUACGUUAAGCUCGAGAUGUUCCCUGAUGGCGGUAUCAGUCGUCUUCGCUUGAUUGGGUGUAAGAAGGACGCUGAUGCUCGCCUGUAA